AAACCAUCUGCUGCUUCAGGCCGCCCAAUCACCGUUCAGCUGUGACGUCGUCAGCUCAAUAUGCUGAUCAUCAAAUGAGGCUCCUCCGGGUCCAGUGAGUCCAGCUUGUGAUCCUGCAGCCCCGAGUCAGAAGAGGAGGGAGAUCACAUUAUAGAGGAUCUUCAUCUUCUUCCUUAUCGUCAUUUUCAUCAGUCAGAGCGGCUCGGAUCAUCCAGACCCGGGUCAGUAACCCGCUCCUGGCCCGGGUGAGUAUGAGACAGAGGCUGCUGAUGGACAGACUCGGAGCGCAGCCCGGAGACACAUGAAGAGGACAUGGAGACUCGGAGCUGUGGAGUCCGACGCAUGUGCACCCUGAGCCUGCUGCUGGUGUCCGUGUGUCCGCUGUGCUGCAGGUCGAGCUGGAUGUGGCUGGGUGUGACCUACGGGGUCCCGGAGAAGCAGGGCUGUGCUAACCUCCCUCUGAGCCACAAACAGAGAGAGCUGUGCCGGAAGAAACCGUUCCUGCUGCCCAGCAUCCAGGACGGAGCCCGACUCGCCGUGUCCGAGUGCCAGAGUCAGUUCAGACACGAGAGGUGGAACUGCUCCACCAGCGAGCGGCCGCCCGUGUUUGGACACGAGCUGACCAGCGGGACCAAAGAGACGGCGUUUAUCUACGGGGUGAUGGCAGCGGGGCUGGUCCACGCUGUCACGCGUUCCUGCAGUCAGGGGAACAUGACGGAGUGCGGCUGCGAUGCUCAGCUUCAAGACAGCGGCUUGUCAACAGACGGCUGGCACUGGGGCGGCUGUUCGGACCACAUCCAGUACGGGACCUGGUUCAGCCGCAGGUUCAUCGACAACGCCGCGAAAAACACGUCGAUGACUCGAGGAGGGUACACGCCGAGCAUGAUGAACCAACACAACAGUGAGGUGGGCCGACAGGCAAUCGAGCAAACGAUGUCCACAGACUGUCGCUGUCACGGCGUCUCAGGCUCCUGCGCUGUGAAAACGUGCUGGAAGACGAUGGCGCCGUUCGAGCGUGUCGGCGUGUACCUGAAGGAGCGCUACGAGAACAGUGUUCAGGUGUCGGACCGCUCCAGGAGGAAGACGAGAAGGAAAGAUCAGCAGCCCCCUGUGGACAAACAGCAGCUCAUCUUCUUCAACAAGUCUCCAAACUACUGCCUCGAGGACCGGCGUCGCGGCGUCGCCGGCACCAGGGGGCGCCGCUGCAACCGCACGUCCACCGGCUCGGACAGCUGCAACCUGCUGUGCUGCGGCCGCGGAUACAACACGCACGUGGUGAGGCACGUCCAACGCUGCGAGUGCAAGUUUGUGUGGUGCUGCUACGUCCGCUGCAAGCGCUGCGAGAGCAUGAACGACAUGCACACCUGUAAAUAACGACCACACACCUGGAUUUAAAGACACGCCUGAAAACAAAGACAACACAUCUGUUAAAUAAAUACAACAGCACCUUGAAACCACGACACACCUGUAAAUACAUCAAACCUGGAAGCUAACAAACACCUGUAAAUAAUCAGAGCAAUUCAUAGAAAAUGGCAUUAAAUGUUUUUGUAUUUUAUUUUUACCAAUAAACUUUUAUUUUUA